AUGAUCGACUAAAGAUUUAUUUUUUCAAAGGAAAGCACGCAAAAAGAAAGCGGAUCGUCUUUCGAUGAUCUGGCUAAUCUUAUGCAAACAGAGCAAUGGCCUUCUGUCGAAAAAAAUGACAUGUUAAAUACAAGAGCUUUGCAUGAGACCAAAGAAGUCACCUUGCACCGUGAUUUGGUAAAGCAAAGUAUACUAGCCAAAAGUCAAGCGACAAAAACAAGAAGCUGUGUGAUUGCCGAAAAAACUGGAGAGAACGGUGAUGUAUUCUUUAACUCUUUGGACUCACAAGCUUUUCUCGACGAAUCAGCGUGGCAGUGGUCACAGGAUGACGACCAAAAGGGACCUUGUUCAUCUGACAUUAAAUGUUUUGCAGCUCAGAUAGUAAAUCCUCCUGAAACUAACAUUUCAAUGGAGAAUUUGGAAAACAAAACUGGUAGCCAAAACUCCCGUAAACAAUACGCAUUUCAGGACUCCAGAAAUUCACAAUUUAUUGCUUGCGGUGAAAGGUGGAACUUUGGAUCCGAUCAUCAAUACAGUGUAAUGAUUCCAGGAAAGUUUACUUCCUCUGAAACUUCAAUACGUAAUGAAAAUUAUGACGAUACUGACUUUGAGACCCUAGCUCAUGUAUUCUAGAAACUGAGCACUUCCAGGUAUUUUAAAAAAUUAUCUUUUCAUGCCGAAGUAUUGUUCUUUUUUAGCGCAACAAUCCUAAAAUAUGAUAAAAACCUCAUAAAUAGAACAGCAAAUACAAUAUUUCUAAUGAUUCA